UCGAACGAAGUGCAUUGAAAUUGUGUAAGAGUGAAUAUUAGCAUUGCUAAAAGUGUUUGUGUUUUUAAAAAUAGAUAUUAAAAGAAGACAUGUAUUAUAUGUAAACUCACUGCACUGAGUGCAAUUGUCAAAGCGGGAAUGCUUUCCUUCGCAGUUAAAAAAUAACUCGUGGCCUGAGUACAUUAUUUCAAAAUUACUUCUUGCUUUACACAAAAACAGAGAAAAUGGAAAGUAUUGACAACAUUCUAGUAAUAAAUCAAGAUUUUUUGGCGGACUCACCCGAUUCAAUAUCAUUAUCUAGAGGAGAUCUAGUGGAAAUUAUAAAAACAACUGAGGGCGAUACGUUUUCGAGAGAGAAAUUACGUGACUUUAAACCAGAGCUUAACUUGAGGUGGUAUGUGAGAUUAUUUGGUUCAACUGAAAAUUGCAAAGAAGGAUGGAUUCCUACCAAUAUAUUGGAUUUUUCCAAUGAUUCCGUAUCUGCCUUCGGUAAUAAAGGAGACGACGCAAAUUUUCGAAGGUUAGCAACUGUAAGAGAACUAAUUGAAACGGAAGAAGAAUUUUCUAGAGACCUACAAAAUAUUGUUGAUCGUUAUAUCAAGGCCGUUGACAAAAUUGGUGCUCCUCGAAUUGUUCGCGAUAGCAAGGACAUAAUUUUUUCAAAUUUUGAACAGAUUGCUGAAUUUCAUAAUAUGAUUUUAAUUGAAGGACUUAAAUAUUACUCAGAACAACCUAAUAUGACAGCUAAAACAUUUCUUAGACUUGAAAGAGAUUUUGACAAACACGUGAAAUAUUGUGCAGCCGAGCCCUUAGCACAGGCUUUCCUUAAGGAGAAUAAAGAAGCCAACGAAUAUUUUCAGUGACCGAGUUCUUAAAAGCAGACAGGUGAAUCCAUUUCUUGGGUAUGACGACAUCGAGAUCACUAUUGGCAUUAAAACCAACAACAGUUGAAGCAGCUGGGGAUUUUUCGUUCCUAGUGCUCACUUUUAACUUCGAAUUUCCAUUAGCAGUAAUUGUAGUCGAAGAACUCAGAUUAACAGAGUCAACAACGGCGACUGAUUGAGCAGCAUUGACAGCGGCAGAAGGGCGAACUGCUUUAG